AUGGAAGCUGGCAAGAAUGUUGCUGCAGGAGGAUUAUUGAAAACAAAAACUCCUGAGGAAGCACUUGAACUAUUAGAAUCAUUAGCAUCUCAAGAAUUUGACAAUGUUCCUACUUCAGUUGCACCCAGAAGUUCAAGAAUCAUGAAGCUUGAAGGCGAUGAUGCACUCUUAGCCCAGAAUGAACAAAUGCUACAAAUGCACCAGAAACAACAAGAACAAUUAGAUGAGGCUCAUGCAACUGAGGAUUGUGAAUACAUCAGAAACACGGAAAAGCAACCAGCGGAGGUCAAUGCACUCUGGUAUGAUCAAAAGAACUCGAACAAUCCAGGAAGGAAUCAAUAUAGUAAUCAAGGGUGGAAGAAUAAUAAUCAAUACCCUGGGUUGAGUUACAAGUCAAACUACCACCUGAAUCCUCCUGUGUCAUUGCAACAACAACAACAACCUCCACAAUCAGAGUGGGAAAAAGCAUUUGCACAGCUGUCCAAGACCACCUCUGACUACAUUCAGAAUUCAAAUUCCUUCAGAGAGGAGACAAGAGCCUCAUUCCGGAAUCAAGAAGCUUUGAUCCGAAACUUGGAGACUCAAAUUGGUCAGCUGUCAAGACAGUUCACUGAAAGGACUCAGGGCACUUUUCCAAGCAACACAGUUGUCAAUCCAAGGGAGCAUUGCAAUGCUAUCACCACUAGGAGUGAGACAGUGAUUCAACCUAUGGAAAAGCCACCAGUUGAAAAGAAGAAAGAAGCUGAACCUGAAGUUGAGAAAAAGAAAGAAGAAGAUGCAGUAGAAGCUGAAAAAUGCAUUCCAGAGAAGAAGCUGUUCAAAUGGGAUAAAAAGAAAGCUCUGAACAUGCAACCAAAAGCGGCAGACCCGUCUCCAUAUGCAAAAGUUCCAUACCCUCAGCGGUUGAAACAAGAGGUCCAGAAACAACAAUACACCAAAUUUCUGGACAUCUUCAAGAAGCUGCAAGUCAACAUUCCUUUUGCCGAAGCUUUAGAGAACAUGCCCAACUACGCAAGGUCCAUGAAGGAUCUAUUAUCAAGGAAGCGUAAGUUGCGGGAAUGUGAGACAGUAAAUCUGACGGAGGAAUGUAAUGCUAUCAGCGAAAAGAAGUUACCUACCAAAGUCAAGGAUCCAAGGAGCUUCAGCAUUCCAUGCACUAUAGGCAAGAUGGAAGUAGACAAUGUUUUAUGUGAUCUUAGAGCUACCAUCAAUGUCAUGCCACUCUCCAUGAUGGAAAAGAUGGGGAUAACCGAAGUGAAGCCCACAAAGACGAUAGUGCAACUGGCUGACCGCUCUUCAAAGCAAGCUUAUGGUAUCAUUGAGGACAUAUUGGUUAAGGUAGAAAAAUUCAUCAUUCUUGUCAAUUUUGUCAUCCUUGACAUUGAAGAAGAUGCUUGCAUUCCUAUGAUUUUUGGAAGACCCUUCUUGGCAACUUCAGGAGCACUGAUUGAUGUGCUAAAAGGCGAGCUGAUAUUACGGGUAGACAGAGAGCAAGUAACUUUCAAGUUCUUUGACAAAGAAGUCCCCUCAUCUAUAGCUCAACCGGAAGAUCAAGUCUACUACAUUGGUGUAAAGAAAGGUGAAGAAGAACAUAAUGAGGAGUCUUCUCGAGAAAGUAAGCCAAAAGUUAAGAUGGAGAAGCCCAGUAGCAAAGGAAAGCAUGUAAAAGUCAAGUUCAAAGUUCCUGAGACUACUUUACCUCAUCCAUAA